CCUUUCGCUCAUACUAACCACAGAGCAAAAUCCGUCAAAAUGGUCAACGUUCCCAAGACCCGCCGAACCUACUGCAAGGGCAAGGACUGCAAGAAGCACACCCAGCACAAGGUCACCCAAUACAAGGCAGGAAAGGCCUCUCUGUUCGCACAGGGUAAGCGUCGUUAUGACCGCAAGCAAUCCGGUUACGGAGGUCAGACCAAGCCCGUUUUCCACAAGAGGGCGAAAACCACCAAGAAGGUCGUUCUCCGUCUAGAGUGCACUGCUUGCAAGACCAAGGCACAGCUUGCCCUCAAGCGAUGCAAGCACUUUGAGCUUGGUGGUGACAAGAAGACCAAGGGUGCUGCUCUCGUCUUCUAAACGUGCGCCUUGUUUCUCUCUCUUUUGCUAGGCUCUCGGCGUAGUCUUCGGGCGGAUGGAAUGGACGGCUCUACCUUCGACUCAAGCAAUGCAUUGACCAUCAGUGCAACACGAAUGAAGACGUGUGAGGCGGAAGAUUUGGCGACACAGGGUCACCAGCCACGAAUUUACGGACUGUAACCUACAUAUGCAUCAAAUGGAGCUCGAUUGAAGGGAC